AUGUCAAAACAAUGCCCUGUGAAAGAACUCUCUUCGGAUUCUCAUGACGAAUCUAUUUAUGAAAAUACUUCUGGCAAAGCUGUUCACAAAGACAUGCCGGCUCUUCUCGAUGAGACGGAUGACGUGGAUGAUGUGAACAGUGACACUGAAAAUGUGGAAAUUGCGAACAGUGAUGAUGACUCUGAUAAUGGCUUUCUUUACGAAGAUGCAACCGAUUCAGAUAAUGAUGAAGAUGAUGAUGAUCGCAAACUUCGAUGCUUUUUGAAUCCUUCACUUCAAGAUUCCGAUUCCGAAUGUGAUAAUGACCAAAAAUUCACAUUGAAAGAUGUGUUGGCUCCUGCUGAAUUUAUGAUUCAUUCAAACGAACAUCAAUAUUCUGUACCAUCCAAUGAAGUUCCACAUUUACUUACUUCUCUAUUAGGGAUCCUUAAUGGCACAAAAAACAAAAAUCGACAACUCAAAGAUUUACAAAUUAUUAAAGAGACACUUGAACUCUUUAAAACUGAAACUGAAGAAAGUGAUAGAGAUUUCGAAAGAGAAGCAAUGAAGCAUAUUAAAGCUUUGCUUAAAUAUGAUGAUCUUAAAAGAGAUGCUGUAGACAAAACAAAAAAGACUGAAACAAUUGUUCAGAUGGAUCUUGCUGCUAUGAAAAAGAAAGCACGUUUACCGAAAACUAGCUGUGACAAAUACGAGUCUGAAUUACUUUCAAGAAAUCACGACAUAAUUCGAUCCGUGCUCAACAAUGCGAAACAUUUAAAACCAAUGGAAAAACAAAAGCCAAAGGAUUUAUGUCCCUCUGUUCCGGAACUUGAAUUUAGUAAGGACUUAGAUGAACUUUUUGUAGGACUGAAAGACACUUUGUCAUUGAGUUUUGCAAAAGGAACGGAGGAAUAUCAAUUGUAUGCACUAAGAACCUAUAUGUUUUUCUAUAAAAAGAUUGUUGUUGGCAAGCCAUUAUUUUCCAAAUACCAACCUCAACCAUUUCCAAUGAAAAAGGUGACCUUUUUAAUGUUUUUAAUUUGGGCAAGACAGAGUGGUUAUGCCUAUAAGACAGUGAAAGAUUGUUUCUGCAAUGCCUUGUGUCGUCUUUUUGAAUUGAAUGCAAUUUUAGGUGCAUCGCCAAGGGCAGCUCAUUCAGAAUUGGUGAGUGGAGUGCUUCGUGCUUUAGUUAGAAAAUAUGGAAAACAAACAUUCAAAGUGAAUGCUUUAUUGAACGGACAUAUGUUUGCUUGGAUAGAUGCGCUAGAUAUGAACAAAUUUUCGGAUAUCAUGUUGAAAACGAUCAUUCUCAUUGGUAGAUAUUCUGGAUUGAGAGGAGAUUCUCUUGUUCACAUGAAUUUAGGGGAUGUUAACUUUAAUGUGAAAAAUUAUGACAAGAAAGAAUUCAGCGUAAAUCUCAAAAUGACUGUAACUAAAGAGAAAGAUUUGAGAGGAAAUGAAACUCGUGAGCUAUGUAUUUAUGGCAAAAAGAAUCAAAAGUAUUGUCCAGUUAUUGGAUUGCUUCAUUAUUUGUUUAUCCGAGACAAAGAAAUGUUUACGAAUAAUUGUAAGACAUGGAAAUAA